UUUACUGCAGACAAAGCUGACUAUCGCAGGUCGUUAGAGGGUUUUAUUUACCCACAAUUUAUUUUCAAAUGGGCCCCGUCGCCUAGCGUUAACUCCCCUACCAGCCUCGCUGAUUGAGUUGGGUGCUAUUUAACAUCAGCACGUCUCUGGGUAACAAAAAGGGUUUCUAUCUAACGCACGAUUCAACAAGGUCGGGAGAAUGGCAGCGAUCAACGCAGGCGGUUCUCUUGUGGCUACCCAUGACUACUACCGAAGGCGCAUCGGCUCCACCUCCAGCAGCAGCUCCUGUGGCAGUUCAGAGUACAGCGGGGAAGUCAUUCCACACCAUCCAGGUCUGCCCAAACAAGACUCGGGACAUUGGUGGGCAAGUUUUUUCUUUGGGAAGCAGAACCAGCCAGGAAUGACCCCUCUGACAGAGGAGGCCCAGCAGAAACCGCUGGACUCCCUAUCAAUAGACCGCUGGACUCCCUAUCAAUAG